UCCCUAACCUAACCGGCCCCCCAUCUUCUUCGUCCGCCUCCGGAGGCGGACACGCAACGGGAGUACGUACCUCCUCCACGGUCACUCAUCUCCUAGCGGCAAGACUCCUGAGGCCCUCUCCCAGUGACGAGCACUGCACUUUAUCGUCUUCCUCGUUGAGACUCAGCAACAGGUUUUUUUGUUUACUAAAGAUGGCAGUUGGUCCAGCACCGUUCUCUGAGAUCGGGAAGAGAGCAAAAGAUCUUUUGACCAAGGAUUACAACUUUGAUCAUAAAUUUGUUUUUUCCUCAUCAAAUGAUUCUGGUCUGGGCCUUACAGCUACUGGCAUUAAAGUGAAUGAACAAUUUCUUGGUGAUAUAAGUACUCAGUACAGAAGUGGUAAAACGCUUGUUGAUGUCAAAGUUGAUACCAAUUCCAAUAUCUCAACAACAAUUUCUGUAGAUGAAUUGUUAGCUGGUGCCAAGACUAAGUUAAGCUUCAAGCUACCUGAUCAGAAGUCUGGCAAGCUGGAUGUCCAGUACUUUCAUCGCCUAGUUGCUUUUAAUUCUAGCAUUGGCUUGACACCAACCCCAUUGCUGGAGUUUGCUGCAGCAAUUGGCAGCAGGGAACUUAGUGUUGGAGCUGAGAUUGGGUUUGAUAGUGCGUCUGCUUCUUUAACCAAAUACAAUGCCGGGAUAGGCUUUAACAAGCAUGAUUUUUCUGCUGCUCUUAUAUUAACUGACAAGGGAGAGACCUUGAAAGCCUCCUAUAUUCAUGUGCUCAAUCCAGUCAAUGGUGUUGCAGUGGCUGCUGAAAUGGUUCGUAAGUUCAACACAUAUGAGAACAGCUUUGCCAUCGGAAGCUCGCACAAUCUCGAUCCAUUGACUACGAUAAAGACUUGCUUUAACAACAGCGGAAAAUCUGCAGUGCUGUGUCAGCACCAGUGGAGGCCAAAAUCUUUCAUAACGGUUUCCGCUGAGUUUGAUCCGAAGGCAGCAAGUGCACCUUCCAGGUUUGGUCUGGCUCUAGCCCUCAAGCCUUGAGCAAAGAAGAAUUGGGCAACUUCCAUGGCCUAGGCAUAUUUAAGUUGCUGUUUCGUUUUAUUCCUUAUUAGAUAUCAAGAAUUGGAUAUGUUUAUAAAAUAUCCAAAACAGUCGGCUUUUUCAAGUCCAAUUUUGGUGAAAAAUCCAUCAUAAUGAGAAUUCAUUUAAUAGAUUUUGAUUCUUUAUUCCUGCA